UCAGCCUGUACAGUGACACAGAGACAACAUGUAGCCUACAUGUCCAUAAGUAAUUCAUCUACAGUUGAGUUUCGGGUCAGGGUUACAACAUCCAGUACGUAGCGGAUCUAAUCUAAUACGUCAUCACGCUGCAGGCUGCCCUGAGAUCACACUCUGUAAGGAUCUUGUAUGCGCGAUCCAGUUUCCGGUUCUUAUCUCGCGCCGCUCCACAAUCCGCGCGGAAGCUUCUUGUCCUGGAUUUCAUGGCGGCGCUCGCGCUGCCGUUUUGGUUACAUUGUAUCGCCGAGCGCUCGAGAGGGAAGGAGAGAGAGAACGGAGACCGGGAAAGAUACAUAGAUUCUACAAAAAUAUAUACAUUUCGAGAGAGGAAGAAAGAUAGAGAGAGAUAGAUGUAUAGCGGAAAAGACAGAGUGAUAGAUGAAGAUAGAGGACAUGGAUUAAUAUAGUUUGAGAAAGAAACCGACGCGGCACGAUGUGGGAUUUAUUUAAUCCGAGGAUGAAAGGGAAUGCUGUGAUUCCGGUGUGAGCUCGAGCCGCGCGGCGCCGUUUUCCGUUUCGUGUGAACGGUGAGGAUCCUGAAGAGCGCCAUGGCUGCGGUCCAGCGGCUCUCCGGCCUCCCCUUCCUCCCCGCCGUCCCCGCCGUCCCCGUCCUCCCCUUCCUCUGACUGCUGCUGCUGGAUGUGUGUUCUGGAGUACCGACGCGCCUCGUGCUGCCCGGGGGAUUCCUCUUAUUAUUACUAUUAUUAUUAUUAUUAUUAUUUUCUUUUAUUAUUAUUAUUAUUUAAAGCCACAUUUUGUCCCUUUACCAUCAUCUAUGGAAUGUACACAAGUGUUACAAUCUGGAUAGGAGUUUAUUAUGACCGGGGGCAAGAUGUGGGUGUUCGGGAAGUUGGUAUCGAUACGUUGAGGCCCCUGUUUCCCCUACUCCCCACCCCCUGGAAGUCUGAGCGAUCAGACGUUACAGUGACAGACUCGGGGAGCUGGCACUAAAAUGUCCCUAAGUGGUGGCACUGCAGGCGGGAAAGGUGUGGACUCGAAUGCGGUGGACCCUUACGACAGCGGUGAUGAGUGGGACAUCGGCGUCGGCAAUCUGAUCAUCGACCUCGAAGCUGACUUAGAGAAGGACAAACUCGAGAUGUCUGGCUCCAAGGAAGCGGGGGGAAUGGCAGCUCCGCCCAGCGCCGUCGCUGCCCUGCCCGACAAUAUCAAGUUCGUGAGCCCGGUCGGCGCCCCUCAAGGCAAAGAGAGCAAAUCGAAAUCGAAGCGCAACAAGAACUCCAAGGACAAUAGUACCAAGAAUCCGGCGGGAGACGCCGUGAAAAAAGAGCACCAGGGACGGACCCAAGUGGAGGUUACUUGUACGACAGGUGGUUCAGGAGGCUCCGGGAAUGCCGCGCCUGGCAAAGGCACAGAGAAGGGUGGGAAAACGGCCCGCGGCGUUCCAAGCAGCAAAAAGGACAAGGAGGUAUCGAGCGGGAAAAACAAGAAGGAGAAAAAUGAAGGAGCGGUCGCUGUGGUCGCUAUCGAGAAGGAGGUAGCUGCUAACGCUCAAGCACUUGGGAACAGUACUCGCGGUGCCUCCUUCGACAGUACUCAGAACGUGGACAUGGCCGUGACCGAGCCACAUGGGAAUAACACCCUGGAUUCUGUAGGAAUAGUACCGUUGUCCAUUAAAUCCGAACCCGAGGACAUGGAUAACGGCGAGUGCCGAGUGUUAAAGAAAGUGAAAAACGAAAAGAUGGAGUCUCCGGUCUCUACGCCGGCCCCACCUCCGCUCCACCUUUUAGCCUCGGUGGGAAACAGUGACAUCGCCUCGCCGUGUGAGCAGCUGAUGGUGCGGACGCGCUCGGUGGCAGUCAACACGUCCGACGUGGCGUUGAGCACUGAGCCCGAGUGCCUGGGGCCCUGCGAGCCCGGAACAAGCGUCAACCUGGAGGGCAUUGUGUGGCAGGAAACCGAGGACGGUAUGCUGGUGGUUAAUGUGACAUGGCGGAACAAAACGUAUGUUGGAACGCUGCUGGACUGUACGCGCCACGACUGGGCUCCCCCGAGGUUCUGUGAAUCCCCCACAAGCGACUUGGAGAUUAGGCCUGGGCGUGGUCGAGGUAAGAGAAUGCGUCCCAACAGCAACACCCCAGUCAAUGAGAACAGCAACUCCUCUGACAACAAGGGCAGCAACAGUAGCAAGACCAGAGCUGGCUCGAACAGCAAGGCUCGACGUGGCAGUCAGAACUCCUCUGAGCGAAGGACCCCACCCAAUAGCAACACAGAGGAUGUCAAAGCCAGUCCCUCCUCAGCCAGCAAGCGGAAGAAUAAGCCUGUUUCCGACAUGGAGCCCAACUCCAGUUCUGAGGACACAAAAGGCAACAAGCGUAUGCGCACUAACUCGAACAGUGUUGUAACCUCUUCUGGACUCUCGCUCCCCACCAUUAAGACAGAGUGUCUUCCGCCUCCCUUAGACCGCAAUUGCCCCUCACCAGUACUUAUAGACUGCCCAUACCCCAACUGCAACAAGAAGUACAAGCACAUCAAUGGCUUGAAGUAUCAUCAGGCUCGUGCUCAUAAUGACGACGAUAUUAAACUGGACAUGGAUGGGGAUAGUGAGUAUGGGGAAGAGUCCUCUCUCCACCCUGAGCCAGGGAGUUGUAAUGGGGCCUCGGUUUCCCAGAAAGGGUCCCUUUCGCCGGCACGCUCAAUCACCCCAAAAGGAAGAGGAUUUGAUGCACACAGUUCAUCUCCUUCCCCAGGGAAAUUUGGCUGCAAGCCUAAGAAGAAGAAUGGAGAAACAGAUGCAGAGGCUUGUGGCAUUCCCAUGGAUGGCUGUGAAGAUGGGCCUUCUCUCACUGAUGAUGCCAGUAAUGAUGGCAUGGAGGACAAGAAGUCCAAAAAGUCCAGCACCAAGCCUGACAAGCUGGCCCAGAAGAAUAUGAAAACCUCCAGGCCCAUGGCUCCAGGCAUGCCCUCGCAGCAGAUGUACUCUCUACAGCCAACGCCAUUCAGCUCCGGGAGUCCAAACCACCCCCCAGGAAUGAGUUCAAUGAUUCAAGGCAUUCCCAAAAGCCCCCAGCUUAAAGGCAUUCAGGCAAAGCCUGGUGUGCCUGGAGACUCAUCCCCUAUGAACCAGGUUCUAGGGAGCUCCAAGGACAAAAAGAAAAAGGACAAGAAAAAGAAGGAGCUUGGUAAAGAGGGAGACAGCCCCAAGCCUCCAGGUAAAAGCGGGAAAGCUGAAGAUGGGAAGAGCCCCUAUUCCGAGUCUUCUGAUCCUGGAAGCAGAAGUGAAGGCCAUCUAAAUGGUUCUUCAGACCUUCAUCAGAGUCGCUUAGCUAGCAUUAAGGCCGAGGCAGACAAGAUCUACAGCUUUACAGACAACGCUCCCAGUCCAUCAAUUGGUGUGGCCAGUCGUAUGGACAGUAGUGGGCAGCCUCUCACUCCUCUCCAUGUUGUUACUCAGAACGGGGCUGAUAACUCUUCGGUGAAGACGAACAGCCCUGCAUACUCCGAUAUCUCUGAUGCUGGAGAAGAUGGUGAGGGAAAAGUGGAGGGUGUAAAGACCAAGGUAGAAGAUCAGUCUGUGAGGGAAGGAGCCAAAAAGGCCCUCUUUCCAUCUCCGGCAACCAAUAAAGAGUCACCUUAUUAUGCUAGCUAUGACAACUACUACUCUCCGAACUACACUCACCCUAGCCCUGGUAGUGUUAGUACUGGUGGUCCACUGCCAGAUGGCCAAACUGUAAAGAUAAAGAAAGAGGAAGAGCAAGAGCCAAGCGAAGACAAGGCAAAGCCAGAGGUUCAAGAGGAACGUAAAGUAGACACUGCCUCCAACCAGCCACAGCAGCAGCAGCAGCAGCAGCAUCAGCAGCAUCAGCAGCAACAACAGCAGCAAGCCUCAGUCAUCCAGCAACGGCCCAACAUGUACAUGCAGCCUCUUUACUAUGGCCAAUACUAUGUUCCCCCAUAUGGUUACCCAGACCAGGUGUAUCACAACCAUCUCAUGAACACUAAUCCAGCCUACAGGCAGCAGUACGAAGAGAGACAGAGACUGAUAGCCGAGCAGCACAGAGCAGCCAAGACCGAGGCUGGCAUGAAAGAGAGAGAAGCCUCCAUGAAGGAUGACUGGAAACAGAAGGGUCCUGUUCCCCCUGGACUCACAAAAGCCCCCAGCCUGUCUGACCUGGGAAAGCCACAGGCACCCAGCAAGCAGAGGGACUCGUCUUCUGAGCCAGCCAAGUCUGUCAUCAUCCCCAAAGGCGAGGAGGCUAAGCUCCAGCCCCAGCAGGCUGAAGGCUUAAAGGUGAAGCUCAGCGAAGGUGGCCAUCAUGGCAAAGAGGACUCCAAUAAACUGGGAGUGGAGUCAGCCAGGCCAGGCAUGGAUCAGUCAGUGUGGUACAGACAGUAUCCUGAGAACCAGAGGCAAGUCGACGAGGAGCGAGAGCGUGACCGAGAGAGAAAGAGCAAAGACGAGAGAUCACGGACUAAGGAGUCAAGCGCCAAGGAGGAGAGCAAGGAGAGUGCCGAUCGUUUGUCUGCCCCUGAGGACUACAGAAGUGCAGGGAAAGACCCUCGAUCGAACGCUCACAUGCCUUUCUCCUCUGCACUGGCCCAGCAACAACCCUACAUGCACUACAUGCAUGGAUAUACCUAUGGGCAAGGCUAUGACCCCAACCAUCCUGGAUACAGAGGAAUGCCCUCAGUCAUGAUGCAGAACUACCCAGGUUCCUAUCUACCUGCCGGAUACCCAUUCUCACCUUAUGGUGGCAAGAUGGGCGGAGGUGAGGAAGGUGAGAAAUCCCGCUCAAGCCCUACAGUCAGCAGCAAGUCGUCCUCUGAGACCAAAGCCCUGGACAUCCUGCACCAACACGCCAACCAGUACAAGAGCAAAUCGCCCACGGUCAGCGAGAAGGUGUCACACGAGCGAGAGCGAGGAGCGGCAGAGAGGGAAAGAGAGAGGGAGCGUGAGAGAGAAAGAGAGAGGGAGCGAGAACGAGAAAUGGAUCGACCCCGUU